AGCGCUUAAUGACGCGUCUUCCGCAUGCGCACGCACAUUUCCCACCUACAUAUUUAACCACACGUGCAAGAUGCAUUUUUCAGUUCGUACAUAAAUCUAAUUAAUUUACAAUUUGUAUUCCAAGGUAGUAAGCGUAUACAACGCGGGUUAAAUAGUUAUUUUCUAGUCUUUUUUUACGUAUCUGAUAGUCUGAAGAUUUUGAUAUUGUGAUAUAAAAUAAGUUAGGAUGGUACAAAAAGAGAGUUCAAACUCUGGCGAUGAGAGUUCGGUGUCUGUUGUACCUGAAAAUCCCGCUAAGGGUAUCCCUUUUGGAAAAUACCGGCUAGUUGGAUGGGGUAUAGACACUACAGGACGUCGACUUAUCGAUGAAAUUAUUCAGAUAGCUGCUUAUACUCCCGAUUCGAAAUUUUCACAAUAUAUUAUGCCAUUUGGGGACCUGAAUCCGAUAUAUAGCCGCAGACACGGUAUUAGGGUGGUUAAUACAAUACGCUACAGACGUCUAAGGGAUACGAAUACUCAAGAAUUCGUUAAAACCAAGAGUGAAAUAUCGGCUCUGCAAGAUUUCUUGCAAUGGUUAGAAGCUGCAAAGGGAGACGACGUUGAUGGCAUCAUACUUAUUUACUACGAACUACGUAAAGCUUCCCCCGGUAUGCUUUUGGAAUCCCUCAGAAGAUAUUCUUUGAUUGAAAGGUUUUCAAAAGUCGUUAAAGGAUUCGCUAAUGGUUACAACAUUGCCCAAGCGAAAUGUGCCAACACCACCAAAUCUUUCAAUCUCCAUGUUAUGUCAAAAAUACUGUUGAAUAGAGGUGCUGAGCACUUCAACAGUGCAGUAGACCGCGCCAGAGCAUCUUUUGACAUUGCUGCUCAUUUAGCGCAAGGCGAAAGACUAGAAUUAGAAGGAGAAAGUUCCAGUAAGGAUUGUACAGGAAGGGAAUCGCAUUUGAUGGACGUUGUAUGUCCUUACGUUAAUCCAAUUGAUGCCGAAGAGGAAGAAAUCGCUGUUUUUAAGGUAUUAUUAGAACGACAAAACACAUUCCGGCCUGUCUUUGGGGCUCUUUUGAGAGCUAGCCGAUCAGAACGACAACACGCCACAUAUUUGAGAAGACUCCUGGCCGAAAACAAUAUAAACUAUGACAAACUUAAAAUUGCUUAUGAAUCAGGCGCCAAAACUGGAUUAGAGAAGGUCAUUAAAGGCGAGGUAGCCAACGCGAAGGAUAAAGAUCUGGAGGAGCUUUUGGAAAUCUUGGAUUGUUUCUUUGAUCCGGACAAGACGGCCAUCCAACCAAAACCGAAACCUAGUCCGCAACGUUUCGCUUAUAGAAGGAGGACUAAAUUUAACAGAAACAAGAAUUCGACGUCCGAGAACAAAAAUUCGAACAAUAAAAAUGACAAUCCGACAGUUACUAGCGAAAAUACGUCGCUGGGGAGCGAAUCCGGUCAGGAUGUGAAGAAGGAAGUCAUUGAUCCAAAAGAGGAAAAGACAGUGGCUGCUCAAUGAGUGCCUUGAUCAAAGUACUGAAGACUUUUACUUAUAAGGGAAGACUUUUGUUCACUUCAAGGCCAAUUUUGUUUGCACCAACAAGGAUUGAACAGCAUUUUUGUGUGACCCACACAUCGGAAGCUGUUAAUCUGACAUUUAAAAAAAAUUAAAUAUUUAAAUGGCAUUUUUUCACACAUUGAUGUAUUUUUUUUUCGUUUUUCUUUUUUUUAUUAUUUCGAGGCAAUUUUCAAGUGUGAUUGAUACUUUAUUUUUUAUUAAUUCAGAACAUGUUUAAUUUUUUUGUGAUAGUAAUAGGAUUAUGUAUUUGUAACAUUCAUUAAUGAUUGUUUGUUACAUACCUGUUAUUAAUAUUGAGUUUAAUAAAGUUUAAUACUAAAUUUUUGUCUACGAUAUUU